AUGCUUCGAGGUCUUCAGGUCACUAUAGAUUCCAGAAACUUCCCCGAUCAAGCGAUGACCACAGUGGGUGACAUAUUCUUUACACGUAUGCUUCAAGCUUCUGAUUUAGAUGGAGUGAAUGAAUGCACGGAAGAAUACGAGGACUCAUUAACUAGACCACUGAAUGAUGAUAAUGGCACGCCAUUAGCUAGAACAUGGAAAGACCAAACUUCAUUCUUAUGCACUAUUCCAGUUCAACGUGAUGGAGCGGGUAUAUUCUUUGAUGGAUUAGAAACUUUCAACUCACAAGUUACAGUACAAGUGAAAGCUUAUCCAAUCAUUCAGGGUGUAAAUGACACUUACUGUUCAAAGGUGACAAAUCCUCCUCAGGUUUGGUUUACUAGGACUACGUAUUGGACAUGGACACCGGAUGAAGGUUUGAAAUAUCAUCCAACAGGUACACCACCACAGUAUAGAAGUUCAUAUGAUGAAAUAUUGAUGAAUAGAAAUGUAUAA